AUGCCCGGUGUGCGCUAUCUGGUCGCAUGUCACCAAAUUCACGCAUACGGAAUGCGCUCGGGGAAAAUGGACCGCUCGGCCCUACAAGGCUUCUUCACCGCAGUACGAGCGCGGUUCGGAUUAGAGUGGGCCAAGGACCCCCGGGAUGAAACAGCUAUCGAGGUCCACGCAAAUUCGAGUUCGAAUUGCGCAUGCUCUGCUCCGUACUGGCAGAUUGGUGCCUGA